GAAGAGGGCGAAAGUGCCACUGGAGAUAAUUGAUUAGCCACCAAUCAAUGAUAACUUGUUAGCAAUCGUCAACUCUUUGGACUUCGCCAUUUUCAGGGAGGCUCCUCGCUCCUGCGGAUCCUGACUUUGAGCGCAUCCCAUUUCGGAAUAACCCUUCCUUUUAUUUAUUUUUUUUUUUAUUUUUUACGUUACCUCCAAAGUGUUAUGUGACUUUUUUUUCCACCCAUCUACUAUUUUUUGUAAACUAUAACAUUUUAAGCAACUAAACUCUUUCUUCAAACAAUUAUGACAUCCAAAGAAGGGGCCAAAUGCGACGCGGCGGAGAACAGGAGGCGCAGCCCGCUGGACCACUUGCCGCCUCCUGCCAACUCCAACAAGCCGCUGACGCCCUUCAGCAUCGACGACAUCCUGAACAAGCCGUCCGUGAAGCGGAGCUACGCCAUCUGCGGUACGGCUCAUCUCAUCUCGUCCUCCGAGAAACACCGUCCGUCCAGCCUGCCGCUGUCCAGCCGCUCACUGCUCACGCAAACCUCUCCUCUCUGCGCACUGGAGGAGCUGGCCAGCAAGACCUUCAAAGGGCUGGAAGUCAGCGUGCUCCAGGCUGCGGAAGGCCGGGACGGGAUGACCCUGUUCGGGCAGAGAAGCACCCCGAAGAAGCGUCGGAAGUCACGGACGGCCUUCACCAACCAUCAGAUCUACGAGCUGGAGAAGCGCUUCUUGUACCAGAAGUACCUGUCUCCCGCAGACCGGGACCAGAUCGCACAGCAGUUGGGUCUGACGAACGCGCAGGUCAUCACGUGGUUCCAGAACCGCAGGGCCAAGCUAAAGCGGGACCUGGAGGAGAUGAAGGCCGACGUGGAGUCUGCCAAGGCCAUCGGCCAGGUGCCGCUGGAUAAGCUGGCCAAGCUGGCGGACCUGGAGAAGUGCGCCAAUGGCACUCUGGGCCACCCGCGCGCCGAGUCGCCCACGCGGGGAGGCUCGCAGGAUCACCCGCACGAGCUCGCUCAGAAACUGCGCAGCUCUCCGCUGUCCCCCUUCUCGGACCACACAACGAGCAAGGAGUGCUCGGAGGACGAGGACGUGGAGAUAGACGUGGAUGACUGAUGGCUCUUUCUCUCUCACACACACACACACACACACACACACACACACACACACACGCCAUGAGAGAGAGUGAUGAUGAUCCUGAAGAGAGGACUUGUAAACUUACCGCUUAUAUGAGAACAUGUACCAAAACGAAAUGACUUUUUCUAUCGGCACAGAUUCACAGUAAAGCAUGAGCGCAGAACUACAAAUAUGCAGUGAUGUAUUCAUUAGCGAACUGUUGUUUCCAUCAAAGCAAUAUGGUCUGAAAGUAACUUAUUAUAUUUUUUCACAAUAUACAGCAACGAACACGCGUGGGCAUGCACACACACACACACACAUAAAUACAGACACACGCGCGGGCACCUACACACAUACACACACACACCUGCUCAGUUGGUUUUCCUAAAAGCCCCUCCCAAACACACUCACUACUACUCCUAUUUUCCAUAUGUUUGCAUGGAAAUGCAUGAUUUGAUUUGUAAACAUUAUAUAUUUAUUUUUUUUUGUUGUUUUUUUUGUUUUUUUAUUAUUUGAUUCCAAGAGCCAAACCCCCUUUCAGUCACUGCCGGCUCUUCGUCCUCUCUGUCUCCGUUUUGACUGCAGCCUCACACUGGGAGUCCCGAUGAAGGUGGUGAUGUUCGAGAAAUCAGCCGGGUAAUAUUGCGGUGAUUUGUUUUCCCCACAAGCUUUUAGAUUAUUGUUUGGAUACAAUAGAUUUACAGUUCUAUAAAUUUCUUAUGUUUUGUACACCUGUAAGUGCCUUCCUAAAAUCAGGACAUUAUCUGAAAACCAAUGCACAGACUGUAUUGUAUAUAGGCUACGAUGGGAAUAAAAUUUGCU